GCGGCGGCGGCGGCGGCGGCGGCGGCCGGAGGGACGAUGAGCGGCGCGGCGCGGGCGGGCCCGGCCCGGCUCGCCGCGCUCGCUCUGCUGACCUGCAGCCUGUGGCCGGCGCGGGCCGACAACGCGAGCCAGGAGUACUACACGGCGCUCAUCAACGUGACGGUGCAGGAGCCCGGCCGCGGCGCGCCCCUCACGUUCCGCAUCGACCGCGGGCGCUACGGGCUCGACUCGCCCAAGGCCGAGGUCCGCGGCCAGGUGCUGGCGCCGCUGCCCAUCCACGGGGUUGCUGAUCAUCUGGGCUGUGAUCCUCAAACACGGUUCUUUGUCCCUCCUAAUAUCAAACAGUGGAUUGCCUUGCUGCAGAGGGGAAAUUGCACGUUUAAAGAGAAAAUAUCACGGGCUGCUUUCCACAAUGCAGUUGCCGUAGUCAUCUACAAUAAUAAAUCCAAAGAGGAGCCCGUCACCAUGACUCAUCCAGGCACUGGAGAUAUUAUUGCUGUCAUGAUUACAGAAUUGAGGGGUAAGGAUAUUUUGAGUUAUCUGGAGAAAAACAUCUCUGUACAAAUGACAAUAGCUGUUGGAACACGAAUGCCGCCAAAGAACUUCAGCCGUGGCUCUCUAGUCUUCGUGUCAAUAUCCUUUAUUGUUCUGAUGAUUAUUUCUUCCGCGUGGCUCAUAUUCUACUUCAUUCAGAAGAUCAGGUACACGAACGCACGCGACAGGAACCAGCGUCGUCUUGGAGAUGCUGCCAAGAAAGCCAUCAGCAAAUUGACCACCAGAACAGUAAAAAAGGGUGAUAAGGAAACAGACCCUGACUUUGAUCAUUGCGCCGUCUGCAUUGAGAGCUAUAAGCAGAAUGAUGUUGUCCGGAUUCUCCCCUGCAAGCAUGUUUUCCACAAGUCCUGCGUGGAUCCCUGGCUUAGUGAACAUUGUACCUGUCCAAUGUGCAAACUUAAUAUUUUGAAGGCCCUGGGAAUUGUGCCAAAUUUGCCAUGUACUGAUAACGUAGCAUUUGACAUGGAAAGGCUCACCAGAACCCAAGCAGUUAACCGAAGAUCAGCCCUAGGUGACCUCGCCAGUGAAAACUCCCUUGGCCUUGAGCCGCUUCGAACUUCGGGAAUCUCGCCUCUUGCGCAGGAUGGGGAGCUCACUCCCAGAACGGGAGAGAUCAACAUUGCAGUAACAAGUGGUCACUUCUUUCAUCGAAACUCCUUGUCUCCUCGGAGCCUGGUGUAUGAAAGUGAAUUCUCCACAAUCGAACCUUCUUUGGACAUGUAUGAUGAGAACAAAACCUGAUUUUUUUCUAAAUGGGCUCUGGGGGGUCACCUCUUUUGUGAUUUGAUUUACAAUCACCUUUCUUAUUUUGUAUUCUUCUGUCAGCGUCCAUUUUGGAAGAAUGGCAGGGUUUUCCAAGCGCGAGUUGGGGCUCAGGGUUAAAUUGCAGGGUUCCCCCAAGGUGAGGCUCUGAGGACAGUGUUAUUGCCCAGGCAGCCUCGUAGUACUGCAAACCCUCCCAACACUGACACAAGAACAUGGGGCCCCAACGACCUGGCUGUUCCCAGAGCCGAGCAGGGGCCCCAGGGGUUAAUGUUGUGUUGCAAACAUGUCUCUGAAUAUUUACAUGCUAUUCUGUAUCAGGGUGAUGUUGGGGUUUUUAAAAUACCUUUAUGCUUCCCACUCACAAUGCAUACUAAAGCUUACAGGUGCCGCUUCUUACUAAUGUGAGGCACAAGCUGCUGCAACAUGGCCAGCUCUGUGUUUUUCUGUCUCUUAUUCUACUUUCUGUUAAAGAGGAUCUUUCUAAAGGUCCCAGAGAGAAAAGUUUGCCUUUUGUCCCUCCUCUGAGACUGACCACCCAGAGCACCGCAGUAGGGCCACAGGCUACACAGGAUGGGUGGUCCUUCCCAUUGCCACUUCCAGCCUCCCUCCUAGAGCAUGAUACAGGGGGUGCCGAGUGCUCAUGUGACCACAGAAACACUGAAGGCCCCAAUCCUGAGGCCUGUAGACUCGUCUGCAUGGCAUCUGCUGAGGGGUGUGGAGAAGCCGUCCCCGGGAGGCCAGCCUCCUGGUCUUCUCUGGGUCCAGCAAUCUCGGGAUGAUGGCCAGUGGGUGUCAAAAUCAGAAUGAUUCUGAGUACUUUCUUGAGAAGAUCAAACCACAGUGUGACUGUUAGAGACCAGAUGAGCACCCCUCUGCAGGCUUCCUGAUCCAACCCAGUCCCCUCCUACCAGCCUCAGUAUUGGCACAAGGAAGGCAUGGGAGCUUCCAGAAAAACACAUGGUAGCCUGCAUGGUGGGCAUCAGGGACACACACACUCUUCCCACACACCUGGGAUGACAUCACGUUAAUAUCACGAGAAAACAUGUACCUGAAGAGUGUAAUCCCGACACAGAACCACUAUGCGCAAAUUCAUAAAACAAAUGGGCUCACCCUUCUUGCUCAAGGACACACCAUAGUUCAGCCUGUUCCUCCUGGCCAUAGAAGCUAUGAAGAAAUGUAGAUGCAUUCAGGUCCUCAGAUCCUUGUUAUGAGGAUGGAAAUGCCGGCCUCCAUAUUCUAGAGUCAGACCUGGCAGCAAACAUGCGGACCUGUGGCCCCCGCCCCCCACCCUGUGGUUUUUAUUGACUGUAAAACAGAAGUUGGAGGCUAACACUUACCAUAUUCCCGUGUGGCUGGCUUCUUGUCUUUAAGUGUCCAUUCUCCUUAUGUGUUGCUAAGAUGCCUCAAACACACUUGUGCCCCUGAGCAAAACUCCUCAAAGAACCAUGGUGGUGACAGCCACAGAAUGUCGCCUCAGAGUGACCAGCAGCGUUGAAUCUAUGAUCACAGAGGCUGGAGCAGUGCAGAACUUGUAAAGUCUUAGCAGCUUUUUCUCUUUACCUUUAACCAAGGGCUUCUGUUUGGUCCCCCCCCCCCUUUUAUUGUCUUUAUACUAUAAAAAUAUUUUUGAUAAAUAGUUUCAAGA